AAGUUGUGAAAAACUCGAGUUAAUUUCUUUUUUAUUUGUUAUUUGUGUGAUAAUUCAAUUAAAAAGAAAACAAGUGUGCUGCUGGACAGAAAAAGACUUUUGCUCAAACGUGUGAUUGAUAGUUCGUUGGCGGAUGAAGUGAAGUGUAGAAGGAUUUGGCGACAGAAAUUUUCGCAGUGAAAAUUUUUGAGUGCACAAAAUUCACACGCACACAUAGAAAAGUGUUCACGCAGUGGCACACACAACCGCAGCGGAGUAGUGGCAGAGGCAGCGAUAUACAGCGUAGACACGACAAAACACGCGCGACGCAUGCACGACGCACCGGAGUAUAAACAUAGCAGCAGUAGCCGUGAGCAGCUAGGAAGAGCGAUAGCCCCCGUCGCUAUAGGUACUGGAGCAAGGACAGCACCGUCGACGUCUUCGCAUUCAUCCGCAGUGACAAACAAAACAAACACCUCCUCAAUGGAAUCGAUUGGGCAUAAAUUACACAGGCUGGAAAAGCGUCUCGAAGAGGAGAAUAAUUCACAUAAUCAUUUAAUGUUAGUCACUGAGGCUCCUAGUGGCUCUACACCGCGCGUUGUCGAUAGGGAAGCGCAUAUGGCGCUACCAAUCGGCAGGACAAAACGCCCCAAUCUGGGUUUGGUCAUGUCCAACACAAAUCGCAAUGCACCCCAAACAGAAAUGCACAAAAAACUUAAAAGAAUACGACAACAGUCGGGCAUACUCACUAUAAAUGGCCAAAAAUAUCCAAGUAAAAUGUCCGAUUUGGAACAUUUAAGCGAUUUGGGUAAUGGCACAAGUGGGAACGUGGUGAAAAUGCGUCACAAGCCUACGGGUACUAUUUUGGCAGUAAAACAGAUGCGUAGCACGGGAAAUGAUGAGGAGAACAAUCGUAUACUCAUGGAUCUUGAUGUUAUACUAAAUUCACAUGACUGCCCCUAUAUAGUACAUUGCUUAGGAUAUUUUGUAAAUAUACCGGAUGUAUGGAUUUGUAUGGAACUUAUGUCAAUGUGCUUCGAUAAGCUGUUAAAGCGUUCUAAACAGCCAGUGCCAGAGAGUAUACUAGGGAAGGUUACAGUUGCGACGGUGUAUGCGCUUUCAUAUCUAAAGAUGAAACACAACGUUAUUCAUCGCGAUGUGAAGCCUUCAAAUAUUCUCAUUGACGAGCAAGGGAAUAUAAAAUUGUGUGAUUUCGGCAUCAGCGGACGACUCGUGGACUCGAAGGCGAAUACACGUUCUGCCGGGUGCGCCGCUUAUAUGGCGCCCGAACGCAUCGAUCCGAAAAAGCCCAAAUAUGAUAUAAGAGCCGACGUUUGGUCGCUGGGCAUAACACUGGUGGAACUCGCUACUGGCCGCUCGCCGUAUGAGGGCUGUAACAUAGACUUUGAGGUGCUGACUAAAAUUCUGGACCAUGAACCACCCAGUUUGCCUUAUGGCGAUGGUUUCGACUUCAGCCAAGAUUUUCGAGAUUUUGUCGAUAAGUGUCUCACGAAAAAUGUACAUCAUCGCCCUAGAUAUCAGGAACUUUUGCAGCAACCAUUUUUUCGUUAUUACGAUGUAGCCGACGUUAAUGUGGUGCAAUGGUUUAAGAAUAUUGUCGAGUCCGCCGAUAUAGAGAUGCAUAGAACUCACAUGCCAAUAACUACUACAGCUACACUCAGGGGAGAUGUGACAGCAGCAACAAAUAAACAUAACAAAAUUGCUACUGCAACAAUAUUGCCAACAACAGUAACAACAACAGCGACAAUAAAUCCAAAAUUGCCUGCAGCAACCACAAACUCUACACACAUCCCCAGCUAUCAGAAUUCCUAUCAUAGUGCCAGCACAUCCACAGCCACUCAACCACGCUACAAAAAAGACGAAUACCUGCCACAAUAUCAUCCACAAUAUCCACAUGUGCAAACCCAGGCGUUACAUCAUCAUCAACCAUCACAACUACCUCAGCCGAUUGCAAGCUAUUACAACAACAGCAUCGCCAAUAAUCAUUUGCAGGGCGAACGGGGUGGAGGCGGUGGCGGUGGCGUUGGUGGCGGUGGUGGAGGAGGCUUAGGAAGUGGUGGCGGCAACGGUUAUGGCAGUGGCGGCUCGGGCAGCAAUAGUGCUAACAGUAGCAGUCCACAAUCACCGCCUAGCAGCAGCUACAAGGAUGCGCAGCUGAAAGACGACACGACGCAUAUUGUCACUGAGAUGAGUAAAUUAUAUCGUAAGUCACCGUUUUUGCAGCGCAAAUACAGCAAUGGCGCGGGGUUGAAGUACGCUGGUGGUGGUAGUGGUGGUGGCGCGUCGAGCCCCAAAAAGGAAUCUAUGUUUAGCAGCAUCGGUCAAACAAUUAUACGCAACCUCACCACCUCACCCUUUAGCCAAAAAAAGCAUCAUACACCACAGCCGCAUCAGGUGGAUCCUUUGUGGCGUAUGCCAAAUGUUCACGAGAUGGGCGGCAAUGCGUUCGAUGCGUACGACAGCCCAUCUACGGCGAAAAAUCUGGGCAUUGGUUCCCCAGCAAUGGGGCGGAAGCGAUUUCAGGCGGGCGCUGCAUCGCCAACCUUGCCCUUAGGUAUACCAGUUGAACCGGUGUUGAAGGAGCAACCGCCAUCUUUGAUACCGGUUAAUCGCAAUGAGAUGAAUACGCAGCAGCGAGUGCCGGGCAAUCACAGUCCAAUUGUGCUGCAGCGUUUCUAUCACCAACAAAAUCAGCUGCGUGAGAAGGAGCUAGAGAAGCGCAAGGAACAGCUGCAACAACAACAACAAAAACAAUCUACAAACCCCUUUCAUGCCGGUAAUUAUCUCUCAACCAGCGCUGCCGCCUCAGCUGCAUCAGCGUCCACCACGCCGCUGCAUUAUAGUAGCACCAGCAGCAGCAGCAGCAAUCAGCACCACUACCAACUGCCACAACAGCAACGUUAUCCUCAACAACCAACGCAUCACCACUUGCCACUGACCAGCGCUGCCUCCUCAUCACACUCAACUUCUAGUCAAUCAUCUACACAAUCCUCAUCCUCACAAAUAGCAAUUGGUGAUUUGCACGAACAACAACAAAGAUCGCCACCCGCAUGCGCACCACCGCUGCCUCCCCAAAUGUCAGUGGCGGCAGUAAGCUCCGCCUUUGGUACGAGCCCCAGUCAGCUGCAAUAUCAACCGCUGCCCCAGCACUAUUUGCCACUGAACGAGACAACAUUACGCAAUUCACGUUCGUCGCCUACUUCACCAGAGCAGCUGUCGUCCGAUGGCGGCGUGAGUGGCAGUGGUGGUGGCGCUAGUGGUAACGGCAUGGCGAGUAAGUUGAGCAAGUUGUAUGCGCGUCGGCAGUGGCAAACUACAACGGCGGCAACGUUAACCACGCAUACAGGUGCAGCGGUUGUUGGUGGUGGCAGCGGCGGCGGCGGCGUGGCUGGCAAGGAUUACAGGGACGAGCAUGGCUGGUUUAAUACACUCGCCGGCGCCAUGAAGCGUCAAUUUGCCUCUUAUGUUAAAUUACAAUUGCAUUCUGCAGCCUCUCCCCCGACCAGCCGCGUUGUCAGUCAACAAGAGGGUCAAGGCUGUGAGAGUGGUCUGCCAAUGAGCGCGCAGCCCAGCAAACCAACGCUUGCCUACUAUCGCACACUCUCCGCGGGUAGUAGCAGCAACACGAGCAACAGCACGUCGCCGACUGAAGCACAGCCCAAGGCUAGCGGACUCGCAGCUGCUUCUGCUGGCAGCAACGCCAAUACCGGCAGUGAUUUCUACGAGGGAACAAGCGGCUUUCUGCGUCGGUAUGCAGCUGCUGGUGCUAGUGGUAUGACAGGUGGCGGCUGCGGCUCCUCAAAUGCGCAUCUCCUGACCGGUUUGGAUCGUCGACACCGCAGCCCUGAUCCACCGCCACGCUAUAAUCGCGGUCAGUCGCCGCUGUUAUUGCGUAAGCAGUUGCUGGAAUUGAGUGGUCAGCCACCUGGCGGCUCUCCACUGCUCAAUAGACGCUUUGUGAAUGCUUCACCACCAUUGCCACCGCCGCGUCGUGGUUCUGAGAGCGUGCCUGGCUCACCGCAACAUUUUCGCACGCGCAUCCAUUACACACCCGAACCGCAGCGACGCAUCUAUCGUACGAUCGACCAAUGA